GAAAGCUGUUGUUUGCACUUCUAGUCUCUAAUUUGGUUUUGGUGAGGAGGAUGGUCAUGUCAAACUCAAUCUGCACCCCAGGGAGCCUCCAAUGCCAGGUCCUACUCAGUGAUCUUUUUGACAGGGCAAUCAAACUCUCCCAUUAUAUCCAUUCACUUUCCACUGAAAUCUUUGAAGACUUUGACCAGCAAUAUUCUCAGGGGCAUCAGUUACUAGGUAAUGUUUUGAACAACUGUCACACUUCCUCUCUUAAUACCCCAGAAGACAAGGAACAGACGUUACAGUUACAACACAAUGACUUGCUGAGCCUUGUAAACAAGUUGCUACGAUCAUGGAACCAACCACUACAGCACUUGAGUAUGGGAGCUCCAGAUCACAUGACCAGGAAGUUGAAAGAAGCUGAGGAACACACGCGAGUGUUGCAAGGGGGAAUAGACCGAAUCUCUGGAAGGAUGCUGACUGAUCUGGAUGACUUUUACCCGCCAUGGUUUGGUCCCAUAGAUUCUGCCGUACCACAAAAAGAGUCUCAAAUGUUUGCUACCCACCAUCUGCUGCACUGCUUCCGCAGGGACUCUCAUAAGAUUGACAACUAUCUAAAAAUCCUCCGAUGCCGCAUGAUACAUGCCAACAACUGCUAG